AUGCGGUUUACAAGCCGGCGUCGCGGGGAAAGGGCUGGCCAAGAUAUGCUACCAACACCUGUCUCACACCGGCAGAGGUCUCGGAAACACGAAGCGGUGCUGCGAAGGCUCUGCAAACAGAGGCCAGCAGAAACCGCGCUUCAGCCAAGCACCGGAGCGGGAGGGUCACGGAAAGCGUCGUGCCCGGCCGCCUCGGGCCCAACUACGAGCCGGCUGCAGCCAGAGAUGGAGCCGCCCAGCGGGCGUCAGGCGGCAGCAGCAGCCUCAGCGCUGCCCCGCGGCCCGCCAGAGCACGAUGCGGGGCAGUGGGGCAGACAGUGCUGCUGCAGCGUCCCGCCACAGCAUGAUGCGGGGCAGUGGGGCAGACAGUGCCGCUGCAGCGUCCCGCCAGAGCAUGAUGCGGGGCGGGUGGGCAGACAAUGCCGCUGCAGCGUCCCGCCAGAGCACGCUGCGGGGCAGUGGGGCGGGCAGUGUCGCUGUACCGUCCCGCCAGAGCACGCUGCGGGGCAGUGGGGCGGGCAGUGUCGCUGUACCGUGCCGCCAGAGCACGCUGCGGGGCAGUGGGGCGGGCAGUGUCGCUGUACCGUGCCGCUGUACCGUGCCGCCAUAGCACGCUGCGGGGCAGUGGGGCAGGCAGUGCCACUGUACCGUGCCGCUGUACCGUGCCGCCAGAGCACGCUGCGGGGCAGUGGGGCAGGCAGUGCCACUGUACCGUCCCGCCAGAGCACGCUGCGGGGCAGUGGGGCGGGUGGGCAGACAAUGCCGCUGUACCGUGCCGCCAGAGCACGCUGCGGGGCAGUGGGGCGGGCAGUGGGGCAGGCAGUGCCGCUGUACCGUCCCGCCAGAGCACGCUGCGGGGCAGUGGGGCGGGCAGUGGGGCGGGCAGUGCCGCUGUACCGUGCCGCCCUCCAACGCCAUUAAACUCCGUGUCGCCGACAACCGCAA